AUGUCUUUAGCAGAGUCGAAUCAAUCCAAUGAUUCAAACACGGUUAAUGAUAUCGCCAAUUCUGUAGUUAACUGUAAUGUGAAACAAAUGAAAUUUAAAUCUCCAGUGUGGCGUCAUUUCACCUAUGAAGAUGUUAAUGGAACCGGAAUGGCUGUUUAUGACAACCCCGAUAUCCUUUUCACGGAAACCCAAAAUUCGAACCAGAAGAAGAAUAUGAAAGUAUGUUUCUCCUGGUUCAUCAACAGACAGUCGAGAAAGAAGACAAUCGAGAGAUAG